AUGGUGUUCUUUCAGCAGAAAUGGUACAUAAUCAUAUCAUCUAAAAAGUUUCUUUUAAGAACCUUCACAACUUAUGACAAAAAUACACGUUCUGAUCUUUAUGUUGCACUCCCUGUUCUCAGUCAAGGAAAGAAAUGGGUCUUACUAUACAGUACAUGGAGGCAUGGCAUAUCUCUUUCAACCUUAUAUAGAAGAAGCAAUCUUUGCCCUGGCUUAAGUCUACUGGGAUCGAAUGAUACAUUUGUGUUUACAAAUACACCAGGGCGUCCUGUUAUAUAUCGCCCCAUAGGUACUGCAUUUUCUUGA